AUGCCCCGUCUGUCCCAGCAGUCCUCCGUCGGAGCGCGUCAAGGGGUAGAAGCAUGCCACCCUAGCCCGACUCGCAGAGCCAGCCUCCAGGUAGAAGCUGUGAUUGAAGACCCUGAAGAAGCUCAGGAUAAUUUCAUAGUUGCAAGAUCCAACUGUAAAGGCUUUGCCUUCGUCCACGUAGCACAUGCUCAGUUUGAGCUUUCGCAAGGUAAUGUGAUCAAGGCAACUUCAAUUCUGCACAAAGCCCAGGCGUUAAACGCCAGGCCAGCAGAGCUGCUGGAGGGGGCCGUACGUAACCUGAAAGCUGGAGAGAAACUGCUCAUGCCCAACAGAGAGGAGGAACAUUCCACAGAUUUGCAAGUAGGUGCAAGUGUGUUUUCUUUUGGGAGAAACCCGGAGCCUUAUCUUCCUGCUCGGGUCCCUGUGAGCCGCUCAGUGGAACAGCCCAAAGCUGCCAGCAGGGAGCCUCUAUCGGAGUUGAAGAUUCCAACAUCCCUCAGCCGACACAUUUCCCCAGAGGAUAAACAAACAACACCUCCGGACCCCAGACCUAUUCCACGUGUUGUUGAGUCUCUCCCCACUCCAUCCUUCCAUCUACCGUCCAGACCGAACCGACAGACAGUCUGUCAGACUCCAAACGGCUACAGAAACCCCUCUGCUAACAGCUUCAUCACUCCUGUUGUGAAGAGAGUUGCUGAAAUGCCUUCCUCGGCAUUGGCAGCGCACAGAGUUGCACCCCCUCAGCAGCCGUGCGCACCGCUGAGCCAUGCAUCAGGCUUCCAGACCCCACAGGCUUCUCUCUCUGUGUUGUUGAAUGAAACCAUCACCAUUAAGGGCAAACAGUUCAUUAUUCUCAAGAUGAUAGGACGUGGCGGGUCCAGCAAGGUCUACCAGGUCCUGGAUGACAAAAAUCAGCUGUUUGCCGUGAAAUACGUCGACCUGGAGGAAGCUGACGCUCAGACGGUAGAGAGCUACAAAAAUGAGAUUCAGCAUCUGAACCACCUGCAGCUGUACAGCGAUCAAAUUAUCAAGCUCUACGACUAUGAAAUAACAAACAGCUACAUCUACAUGCUGAUGGAGUGUGGGAACUUGGAUCUGAACACUUGGCUGAGGAACCACAAAACUGUGAAUCCACUGGACAGGAAGUUCUACUGGAGGAACAUGCUGGAGGCCGUCCACGCCAUCCACAGCCAAGGAAUCAUCCACAGUGACUUAAAGCCAGCAAACUUUGUUCUUGUGAACGGUUCGGUGAAGUUGAUUGACUUUGGCAUCGCAAACACAAUCCAACCAGACGUGACGAGCAUUAUGAAGGAUUCACAG